ACCCAGCUCAGCUCCUACCACCAUCUCACUCUCAUCUAUCCAACUAUUACCAAACAACUCACCAUAAAGAACCGCCAUCAUGACUCUCAAGAACGACGCAUUCCCCUCCUCCGCCGCCUUCGACGUAAUCAACGCGACCCUCCAAGCCGACGAAAACGAGCGCAAGGACGCCAUCUCCAAGGCCAAGGCAGUCGUCGCGUUCAACAUCAAGAACGCCGAAGGAAAGGAGGAGGCUUGGCACCUCGAUCUCAAGGAGAAGGGUGUUGUCGCUAAGGGGGCUGCUCCGGCUGGGGGGAAAGCUGAUGUCACGCUGAACCUCUCCGACAAAGACUUCCAGGACCUGGUCACCGGCAAGGCGAACGCGCAGCGAUUGUUUAUGGGCGGCAAGCUGAAGAUUCGCGGGAAUAUCAUGAAGGCGACCAAGAUGGAGCCUGUGCUCAAAAAGGCGCAGGGCAAGGCCAAGCUCUAAGCUAUAGAUACCCUAUUUUAUAUUUAUCGCGUUUUCGUUACUAUACGUUUUUUCUUUGUUGAUCGGGUGUAAUUUGAUUGAUUGUUGACUGGAUACUAUGUAUACUCCGUUGAGAUAUCUAAAUAUAUGAAUUGAUCACCACGAAGGCUUCGCAGCCGCAU